AUGGUGGUUGGGAUCAUCAACAUGUUCUUCGUGAUAUCUACGCUGCUGCCGUGGAAGGUGAUACAGCAGGAAGAGCUCACUCCUGGGGAUCAUGUCUACACUUACCGGCGGUACGGCUUGUACACCCACCAUGGAAUCUACGUUGGAGCGGGCCGUGUAAUUCACUUCACAAGAACGGGAGUUAACGAGACUUCUCUCGAUUCCUUUCGGCAAGAAGGCGAGGACCUCCGUUCCCUCCACUCAUAUGGAUAUGGACAGCCGCUGCUAGAGUAUUGGCUGGCGAGAUGGGGGGCCCACCCAACCUUGCCUAACACCAAAUCGCCCGAGCAAGUCAUUAACAAGGCUUGGGAGCUUUACGGGAGCGACAAUUUCGGCGAGUACGACCUCAUCAACAACAACUGUGAGCAUUUCGCCACAUUUUGCAGGACCGGCGUUCAGGCUAGCGCACAAACAGCAUUGUUCAGCGUUGGUCAACAUAAGGCCAAGGAGGUCAAAGAAUGGACAACGAACCUUCUACAUAAAAUUAAGCUCAAGUGA